CGCCCACUCCACACACCCAGAGUCCCAGUCCCAGUCGAGUCCCACUACCCCACCCCCAGUGCGGCGCCACCUUCCCCUUCAGCUCCCUCCCUACUCCCCUCUCUUAUGGUGCCCCGCCGCGUGCUGCGCCACCACUAGCGCGCUGCUCCUCCCCCGUCCGUCCAUGGCCGCCGCCCGCGCCUUAUCCCUCCUCGUCGUCCUCCUCCUCCUGGCCGGCGCGGCGCGGGGCAAGACGGUGAAGAGAGACGUGAAAGCAUUGAAUGAGAUCAAAUCUUCACUAGGCUGGAGAGUCGUAUACUCAUGGGUUGGUGAUGACCCAUGCGGGCAUGGUUCUCUACCCCCCUGGUCUGGUGUGACAUGCUCUCAGCAAGGGGAUUACAGAGUUGUGACGGAACUGGAAGUCUAUGCUGUAUCAAUAGUUGGUCCUUUCCCAACAGCAGUAACUAACCUGCUGGAUCUGAGAAGAUUGGAUCUCCACAAUAACAAGUUGACGGGGCCAAUUCCUCCGCAGAUUGGAAGGUUGAAACAUCUGAGGAUAUUGAACCUGAGGUGGAAUAAGCUUCAAGAUGUGCUUCCUCCUGAAAUUGGUGAACUGAAGAAACUGACACACUUGUACUUGAGCUUCAACAACUUUAAAGGCGAGAUUCCAGUAGAGCUUGCAAACCUGCCAGAACUUCGUUACCUUUAUCUUCAUGAGAACCGCUUCACGGGGCGGAUCCCUCCUGAACUUGGAACUCUAAAGAAUCUACGACACCUUGAUGUUGGCAACAACCACCUGACAGGCACUCUCAGGGAUUUGAUCAGCAAUGGGAAUGGCUUCCCCUCCUUGAGAAAUCUAUACCUUAACAAUAAUGAAUUGACUGGUGUGCUGCCAGAUCAGAUUGCAAAUUUGACAAACCUUGAGAUUUUACACUUGUCCAAUAAUAAGAUGAUCGGAUCAAUAUCGCCGAAGCUAGUUCAGAUUCCAAGACUGAUCUACUUGUACUUGGACAAUAACAACUUCAUUGGAAGGAUACCGGAAGGAUUAUAUAAGCAUCCAUUUCUGAAGGAACUGUACAUUGAAGGAAACCACUUCAGACCAGGAACCAGGUCAAAAGGAACGCACAAGGUGCUGGAAUUGCCUGAUGCUGACAUUUUAGUUUAGGCAAGCUCGUUUGGGGUCCUGCAGUAGACUACUACAGAGAGCACGAUUAUUUGUAGGGCAUAUAUAUAUGUAGCUAUGUUUCUCACUGCACUAUUCAGUGACAAAUUUACAUCAGCAAAAAAUCUCUUGUGAAAAAACAGAGAGAUGGAAAAAUCAAUGGAUAGUGAAGGCCACUUCAUACUGCCGUCAUCAUAAGAUGAGUGUACAGGUUGUAGUGUUGUACUGUUUACCCUGUAUCUUUGCUGUGUGAUGGCGAUGCUCUUCA